CGGGGAGUUGCGCGUGUUGCAGUACCUGGGCUCCACGGUGGUGAAGGAGCUACGCGGCACCGAGUCCACCAAGAAGUCCAUUCAGAAGCUGAAGAAGUCUCCCAAGGAGGCGAAGUCCACGCCGGACAUCGUGCUCGCCAUCUCCUACCGCGGCGUCAAGUUCCUCAACACCCUCACGCA